UGGGACGAAAUAUCGUUUGACGAAAUAUCGCGAUACAAAAUGUGACGAAAUGCAUCGAAUUUCAAAAAAAUGGAUCGCGAAAUGAAGACUAGAUGGCACUGCCACAUGAUUUGUGAAGUAUAUAAAUCAUUUAGUGUGUGUGUGGCAGGCAUACAGUCUAUGGUGGCAGGCUGGCAGCACCAUCUGGUGGUCAAGCAGUGCGAAAACCAAACGAAAAAAUUACAUCCGGGGAACUGUGCAGUCACAGCCAGGUCACAGUGCAUGCUGCGACAACGACACUGUUCAAACGGCAAGCUAACAUUAGCACCAACUUCCUUGGUUAGCCCUCAAACCGCCGAACAAUGGAGUCGAAUGAGAUCGAAAUUGAGGAUGCUCCUCCGACGGGAUACAGGUCAUUUGUGUGGCAGUAUUUUGGCUUUCCGAUUAAAAGAGACAAAGAUGGCAAUGGAGUAACUGACAAGACUAACACUGUGUGUAAGCUAUGCAAAGUCAUCGUUCUGUACACCACCUCCAACACAACGAACAUGAACCACCACCUUCAACGUCACCAUAAAAAUGUGAAGACGGCCCCAGAGAAAACGUUACCGAAGGGACAGCUGACCAUGAAACAAGCACUGACACUGGCUCUACCCCCGUCAAGUCCGCGUGCAAAACAGAUAACCAGGCUCAUUGGCGAGUUCAUAGCUGACUAUAUGGCUCCAUUUAACAUCGUAGAGAACAGGAAAUUCAUCCAGAUUUUCAAGGUGCUGGAGCCCAAGUUUAAGAUGCCAUGCCGAGGACAUUUUUCAGAGAAGGUAAUCCCGGAAAUUUACAAUGAAACCAAACAAAGCGUGAAAGACUGUCUCAAAAAUGCCGACUGCAUCGCCCUGACCACUGAUGGCUGGACCUCGCGUGCCACACAAAGUUACAUCACCAUAACGGCACAAGUCAUCAACGAGAAAUGGGAGAGUAAAAGCUUUGUGUUGCAAACUCGUGAGCUAAGUGAAAGUCAUACUGGAGUUAACAUAGCUGACGUGUUGAGAAAGGCAGUGGGAGAGUGGGAGCUAACGAGGCCACAUACCACCAUCGCUUGUGUCACGGACAACGCAAGCAAUAUGGACAUUGCAGUGAGAGAGAGCGGCCUCCACCCUCACAUCAAGUGCUUGGCGCACGUUGUGAAUCUGGCGAGUAAGCGAGGCUUGGCUGUAGCCCGCGUCGCGCGCCUACUUGGCCGUGUGCGAAGAGUAACUACAUUCUUUCACAAGAGUACCACAGCAACCGCUGUCCUGGCCAGCAAGCAAACCCAGCAGGAGCUGCCCCGGCAUAAGCUGAUCACCGAUGUCCAGACCAGGUGGAACAGCACGUACGAAAUGCUUGUGCGCUACCUCGAGCAACAGGCUGCUGUCGCAGCAGCCCUGAGCAGCCCAGAAAUCCGAAAGAAUGCGAGAGAAAUCGACACCCUGUGUUCCACUGAUGUAUCAGACGCAGAAGAUAUAGUGAAACUGCUCAAGCCACUGAAGACGGCCACAACUGUUGUCUGUGAUGAAAAAGAGCCCACUGUUUCACUUAUAUUGCCACUGAAGUACAUGAUCGAGCAAAGCAUGUCACCAGACGAAAAUGACUCCCAGACCAUCGCCAACAUGAAAAGUGCAAUCCUACUCGACAUCUCGGACAGGUACUCCGGGGACUGUCAUGAUAUGCUGCAGGAGUGCACAGCGCUUGACCCGCGAUUCCGAAGCUUGUCCCAUCUGAAUGAUGAACAACGCGAGUCUGUCUAUGCCCGGAUAAGUCAGAAAGCUGCAGGACUUCAUUUGCAACGCAACCAGACCAGUGACACUGAUGAAAGAGAGACAACUAGGGCCAGUGCUUCAACACCAGGGGCAGCAGCAGAGCAGGCCGUGGUCAUGAUUGAGACAGCACAGGGAGCAGAGCAGAGCCAAGAAGAGCCAGUAGAAGGAGAAAGGCAGAUGCAGGACGUGACACAGCCUCCCCCGUCAAAGAAGACAGCGCUAGAGGAUCUCCUUGGGGACUCCUACACUACUCUUGAGACAGUGCAGUCCAGCAGAGGGAUUGAAAUGGAGAUACUCUCCUACAGAAGUGGGAUUCCUAUCCCACUCAACAGUAGCCCACUUGAGUGGUGGAAAGUGAAUGCAUAUGCUUACCCCAUAUUUGCCCCCCUUGCCAAAGCCUAUCUUUGCAUUCCUGCUACUUCAGUCCUGAGUGAGCGUGUCUUUUCCACCGCAGGAGACAUUGUGUCUGCUCAAAGAUCACUGAUUACACCAGAACAUGUUGAUAUGUUAGGUCAUGGCCCUGGCCUACGACUGGUUCUUCUUCAGAAAAACUAAGAGAGGCUGGGAUAAGUUAACCUAGGGAUAGAGCACUAAGGGAGUGUUCUUAUUUGUGUUUGAACUGUUAGGCCUUGUGU